AUUCUCCGAGUUCAGAAGAAGACGAAAGACAACCAUGUACACCUUCAGUGUCCUGUUACUCGCCAUUGUAUUGGUCGUCGCAAAGCCCAGACCACCUGCUGGCCACGAGCGCAAGCGCCAAGUGACACGAUGCGCCCCACAAGUGUUCACGAACACUAGCGGGUUUAUACAGACUCCCAACUACCCGGAAGACUACCAGAACAACAUGGACUGUCUGUACACCAUCCAGCCUACAGGAUUGUCGACUUUCUCCGUUGAUUUCUACGCUUGCAACUGUGAUAUAGAGUCCUCUAGGGAUAGAAGCUGCCCAUAUGAUUACUUUGAGUUGGCAGGGGGUCGUUACUGCGGAGUAUUCGACGGUUUGUCGGGCACAGUUCCUUCAUCUGGUGGGAAGGUCGACCUAAGGUUUGUGUCCGACUUCAGUGUAACCAGGCCUGGCUGUAACAUUGCCUACUCCGUGUCUGGCAGCGGCAGCGGAAAUCUUAACGCUACGUGCCCUCCGAAACCCACGCCUGACUUCUUCUGGGGAAACUUCACCGUGGUACCUUGAUCUUGACCCCGACUUAAACAGUACGCGUUUUUGCAAGAAUGUGAAAGAGCACUGGAAUCAUCUGCUGCCAGAAGAAGAGCAUGUAUCUACGCCUACGAGGGUGAAAUUAUAGAUAAAUAUGAAAACAAAGUCAAUAAAUCAUAGUAGAUAGAAGCAUA